AGGUGACAAACACAAGGAGCCAGAAACACAGAGGCUGAGAGAAAAGAGGAUAAGAUCCCUUGGCAGUGGCACCAUUUCCAGCCCUGCUCUCCGGGGAGGAGCAUUCCCAGCGAUGAAGUCGAGUGGCACAGCCCUGAGCUGCACGCGUGCUGCCCUCCUGCUUCUGCAUCUGGGCCUGACCUCCAGUAUGACUCAGAAAAACGAAUUCCAGACUGGGCUUGUAGGAGGGGAGGUGACCCUGAACUGCACAGGCAUACUUCCUGAAUCACAAUUACCUCGGGACUCAGUUGUAAGAUGGAAGUACUCUGAUACUCUUCUAUGGCGUAUGGAAAAUAAUCUGAGAUAUUGGAGAAAACCAUCUUUCAUUGCUGGCCGGUCUGACAUCAAGAUGCAAUACAAACAACUGAGCGUGAGGGAUUUGAAGCUCUCCGACGCCGGCAUCUACACCUGUGAAUACGGCACUCACAAAGUCCACACCUCACUGCACAUCGUUAACUUGGAAAUCUCUUUGGAUGGGCAUUUUCUGCAAAAUGAAGAGCCUAAGCUGAUUUUAACUCAAAAUUCACCCAGUCCUCUACCUGAUCUCAGCAUCACAUUGUUUGACAAUAACAAUAACAGAGUGACACCAGAAAUACAAAAGAAGAACCUUCAAGAAUACAUAGUGAAUUUAAAGAAACUGGAGACUAUGGACAGUGGGACCUGGGUGUGUCAGAUUCAUUCAGACUCUCCAUUGAUUAAUCAGAACAUCUCCUUUCCUGUGAAGGUAUUAGGUUUUCAGAAUCCAGAUUUGGAAAGAAAGUAUGCAACUGUUGAUAGUGCUGUCAUCUUGUCCUGGCGUCUGAACUCCCAGAAGAUAAAAUGGAAAAAAGGUUUCACAGGACAGAUAAAUUGGAAACAACAGGAAGGUGCAGAAUCUCAUGAGCUGCUUGAUUUUGACAUCACAGCAGAAGAACAGCUGCAUGAGACUAAAAAAAGCAACAACUUGUUGUUUGAGAUACCUGAAAGCAAACCUGAAAGUCACAUAGAAGUGAAGCUCCCCAAAGUCCAUUUCAAUCACUCUGGCCAGUACCAGUGCCAGCUGGAGUACGAAAGAAGACAUGCACAGAGCAAGAUAGAGCUGGUAGUGAUGAAAGUCUCAGCUAACCCUGCUGGGCCACUCUCCAGAGGGGCCAGUGUGACCCUGACCUGCCAGGUCUCCGGACCGCUUGCACCCGAUGCCUACUUGAGCUGGGAACCUGUGAAUGGCUCCAAGAUGGACAUUAAGAAAUCAAAGCAGCGUGAAGUAAAGCUGGAGGUGACCAUCAGCACUGCAGGGCUGUGGAGCUGUGACCUCAUAGAAGGCAGUGACAAAAAGAUCAGCUUUCGCUACCACGUGGAGGAAGCUUCUGUUUGGAUUAUCAAUGUGAUAAUUGGAGCAAGCAUUGGAGGCAGUUUAUUGGCGUUUGCCCUUGGGUGCCUGUGCAUCAUCAGUGGUGUACGCUGGCAGCGGAGAAGGCAACGAGCAAAAAGGAUGGCACAAGCAAGACAACACUUGCUGGAAAACAAGACAUGUCAGUGUCAACACCGGCUGAGAAAGUGAUACUGCAGCACUGACAUCACAAGGACUAAUGAAGUCUCUGCCUGUACAUAACCAC